GGCUGAGGAAUGUAUCAUGACUUAACUCAAGAGGAGAGGAGGUCCAAUCGAUGCGGUUCUAAAAUACAGGGAGAGUUUGGUGUUUGCGGCGGUGGAGGAGUAGUUGCGAUGAGAUGAACGACCACAAUGCGGUGGCUAUGGUUGGCGUUAGUGCUGCUGGUUACGACAGUCAUAGCGCUCAAUGGAAACCCUCCCCCUCUCGUUAUCACCAGACACCACCUAGGUGACAUCUUCUCAACCUCUGAUUCUCCAUGCUCCUCCGACGUUUGCGUAGGGAGGAGCAGUGGCACAGCGGGGCUGGAGAAGAAUCAGGGGUUCCCAAACAACCAAUGCACCUGCCAGUGCAUGCCAAACUUACCCAUCUUUAGAGAUGACAAACAUAUUUGCGUGGAUGACUUGAACGAAUGUACUUUGGCCCCGUUUGUCUCCGGUUCAACGGUGCAAAAGAUUCCAUUCGUUUUUCUACCAUUGAAGGGGCAAAUUGUUUACCCAAGCGCUGAAAUUCAAUUCAGAGGAAGCGUCACACCUAUGUGCGUCGUCUCGAAAGCAUUAUUCCUCACAGGCGGGGGAUGGGCUGAUCUGCGAAACCGCUCUGAUACUGAACCGCCCUUUAGACUUUUUCGAGACGAAGGAAGAACCUUCUUGAGAUGGUUGGGGGACGCGGACCUGAGGCUGAGCAUGGAGGGGCGUCUCAUAAAGGUGGACUUGAUUUGCAAGGAGGUCGACAAGAUGAACCUGCAAGACCAACAAAUAUUCACUCCGUGUGUGGCAUUUCGAGUCGCCGGCACCCCAAGCGUGCGGGAGGUGUCGUUUUCAGCGGACAUGCGGAACGCGGUGGGGAAGGAAGCGGACACUCGGAGCCUUUCGGCAGCGGAGCAGAUAGCGAUCGGGAUCUUCUGUCUGUCGAUCGGGUUCAUCUACGUGGCGGCCAUCUACUUCUACCUGCGGAAGCGGCACAGGAUCAAGCACGGCUGCUUCAAAGGCGACACCGAGAGCGUGGACGGCAACACCCGCGACUCGCUCAUCAUCCCGGAUGAAGGUGUCGUCAAGAACAACCCGCUGCUCCAGCACUGUCCGGAAGGGCAGGACAACGAGGGCUUCCUCUCCGAGUCCGGCGGCAGCUGCUGCUCCGACACCGAGCGCUCAGAGAACUGCCUCGAUGAUAAGAUGCAGCGGACCUGGGCGAUGGUCCACCCACGGCGGCACGGGGGAGGGGGCGGGGGCGGGAAUGAAGGGCAGGGGCACGGGCAGGGGGGCGAGGGAUCGGAGGAGGGGAUCUACAACAUGGAGCCCCUCCAGUUAUCUGAUCAGAACACAAUAGAGCGGCUGCCGGAAGAGAACGUGUCCAUCGUGGAAACGCUGGAGCAGCGCGAGGACCGGCCCGAAACUGUCAAAGCCAUGACCUGCGCCAACGCCCGCAAAAAGCUCUACUUCAACCCAGCCUAUUUCGAGCCCGAGCUUCUUUUAGCCCCGCCACCAGCUGCGAUCGAAUUUUUAACUAAAAUUCGAGAGGUAAUAGCGAUUGCAAAGCACAAGAUGGCUGCCAAAAAAUUCACCCCGAACCUGAUCGGGAUCCCGGAGGAAGACUACGGAAACCCGUUGCGACCCACGAGUAGAAUGUCGAGUGUCCGGAGUAGCCGCCACGGUGGCGCCUCCUACAGACACGAACGAAGCCGCCCGAGCAGCCUGAUCAAAGAGGAGCACGGUAGAGCUGGCAGGAGCAGUAUCAUCAGCUGCGAGGAUUGUCCCGACUGCCAACGAGAGCUGCAGCAACAAGAAAACGUCUGCCGCCACUGCUACAACAACAACCACCACCAGGCCGAGACCAAACAAAAGAGCAUACGCAAAUGGCUCCAGGACGUACCCCUCCAGCCCAAGUGUCCUCUGAGCGAUUCGGAGUCUGUCGCAUCUUCUAAAUGCAGCCGCAGAAGCUGCCACAAUAGAGCCAUCGCCAAAAGACACGGUUUGGAUGACCACCACUUCAGCUCGCGAUUGAUGCCCAGUGGAACUGCCAUAAAAUUCAUCGAGAACGAAUUCAACGACCAGUCCAGCAUCAUGAGUGGUAGGUCGGGUAACAGCGGGAAGAGUGGCCGAAGUGGCCGCAGUGCCCGUAGUGGGAAGAGCGCUCAAAGCGCCACCAGCUAUAGGAGCGGUCGGUCCUGUCGGUCAAACCUCAGUAGGAAGUCCAUCGCGUUUUCCAACCUGCCAUACGUGAACCAGCAGAACGAAAUUAACCGCAUGAAAACGAUUCAGGAAGACCUCAUGUCCACUGCAGAGUCGGAGGGUAGGAAGAAUGGUAGUAACGCAGCAAGCAGAACGAAAAUGAAGCCUCCUCCUUGCCCUCCGCCUCCUCCACCUCCACCUUCCAUGUGCAGUGGAGAUACCGGGGUGGUAGACACGGAGUCCCUUGCCGAGUCAUCGGUGAGCAAAGAGAACUUCAAAGUACCGAAAGUGGCCAAGAAGCUGAUGGACGCUGUCAUCAAAGAGUUCGUUGGUGUGCGAGGCUUGAACGACACGGAUCCGAGGGAAGAGCAACCGUCACCAGUAGAGGAGGAGUUCAGAGCUGAACCCGUGGUAAAUCCACCGCCCCAUCGAUCUAAAAUCUCAGAGACGAGGUCGCCGCUACCUAUGAAGAAGAACGGAGAGUCUAAACUCAACAGUAAGAUAAUAGUGCACCAACACAACCCAGCAUUGAAUGCAACCGACAUCGAAAAAGACGACAAUAGUUCUCCUGCGCCGGUUGCAGAAACCGAAAAAACAAAGGUAGGAGUUGCUGUGGAAAACACGAGCAAACCCAUUCCUCCGCUUCGGUUGGAUUCACUGAAGAGCAGAGAUGAGGGCCGGUUGUCGGACUUCGAAACGGACAGUUUGGACAAGUCCAUCUACGACCUCAACGGAGACGAUAGAGGCAUAAGGACUCCUUCCGAUUACGGCGACGUUCUGAUCAAGAGAACUGAGUUGAACAACGGGUUGAUUCACUGCUCUCGCCUACCUAUGGACGAAGAGGUGGAGAUGAGGAACGACAUUCUGAACAUGACGACGGGCAACAAGACGAUAUCAAAAAUGGCGCGGAGUCCACGACCACCCUUGAUCGAGGACCACGAAUACGAGAUUAUAUCGAUGGCGCAGAACGAGAUUCAGACUGGUCGACCCAUGAGUAAGAACGACAUAUUAGCAGAUCACACCGAACCAGAGGGUUACAGCCUGGUGAGCGAGGUAUAUAUCAACGACACUUUUGGUUCCGGCUCCACGAGCAACUCCUCGAGCCUCACCAGUAACCAGACAAACCCACCGGAGCCACCCAAUGGCAAGGACGCCAAGAUCCACUAUAAACAGCAGCCGGGGCAUCUUAUGAUCGAGGUGGAAGAUACGGACCACACUUACAACCCGGAUGACUCGGACAGCUUCGAACCGGACACUCUCGAUAGAAAACCCGUGUCAAACAAGCUGAAACCCUUCGAGAACAACAACAAUCUCAUAAGCGCCUUCAACAAGAAUCGCGCGGUGCCCGAUAGCAUCUACACAGACUAUGAAUUCACCGACAGCCUCGAGAGACCACCGCAUGCCAACGGCGGUUUCAAACGCGAUAGAACGCUCAACGAAGACUUGAACGAGCUCUUGAACAAAGUGACCAAUUCUCACAAUAUCGGCAAUUUGAGAGCCAUCUUCGAGUCGAAGCAAAACAACCUGAAGAAAGCCAACGCCAAACCGGAGAAGAAGUACAUGAACCACAAAACCAGGGCCGAGAUCGAGAUGAAUCAGCUCAAUUUAAGAAACGAUAAGAACUCGCGGAUUGAUAAGAACUCGAAGAGCGAAAAGGGCUCUCGAAGAGACAAGAACUUGAGAUCCGAUAACAGCUUGUCCUCCUCGAUGACGAACGGCGGCGACGAUAGCGACACGGAUUAUUCGACACUCUCGUGGGACACGGAGAAGGACUACGGCAAGUUCUUGAACGUGGACUCGAAGCAGGCGCGACGACAGAGACCACCGUCUCCGCCGAAGCCGUUCAUCGAGUUGAAGCCCCCGCGGCCCCCGAAACCGAGCGACUACUACAACGAGAUCGAGCUGAGGAGCGUGGACAAGACGCCACCCCUCCCGCCGCGCUCCAUCAAACCACCCUUGCCGCCAAAAAACGCCAUGGUCAGAAGCACCAGAGACAAAGUAGGGUUACCUCCUAGGAUCACCAAGCUCAGCCUGAGCGACAUGAACCGUCGACCGUUGCCCGAACUCCCGAAUGUUACCAACUCAGCUCCGCACAAGACCACCCCUGCUGCUUCUGGCCGGACCAAGAGCCCCAUCUCCUCGGACUACGAGGCCAUGAAUACGGACGGUCGACAAGGCGACGACAACGACGAGAAGCCCAAGGCCAAACUCCUCAUCGGCCCCAACGGAACCAACGGGAAGCGCAGCAAGAAGCGACUCUGGCGACACUACACCGAGGACUCCGGCUACUUGAGCACCGACUCCAAUGAGUCCAACGAGAACCGCAAGAGAGUUUUGAGCGAGAUCAUAUCCGGCAGCGAGACCGACGAGUCCUUCGACGGUGCCAGCGAGUCCGGGGCUGAGAGUAUGGCAACCGACUCUUUUUUCUACGGUAACAAUUUCCGCAAGACGCCCAACACGCCCAAGUCUGGUUCCCUGUCCGUUGAUAGCGGUCUCAACCAGAGUGAUUCCGACAGUAAUGUUAGUUUCGUCACCGUUCUCCCCACAGAGAAUAAAAAUGCCAAAAUUUUAGCAAAGGGCAACCUGCAAAAGGUUUUAGCUGACGGUGGCAGACAGUAGGUUUUUGCCGAAAUAUUAAUUUAUGGGCCUGUACCUGAUGAUCAACAUUUCGUCACCUUCCAGGCAAAGUAUCACAAGCGCCAUGCGACGUUUAAAAAUU